CCUUCUAGUAUACAACACCAAGCCCAGCCCAAACCAACCAAUGCUAUCAAACUAGGCCUUAGUUUAUCUAAUUAGCUGUAGACGGACUAAUUCGCCCCAAUAGGAUCCCUAAGCUCUCUCUCUCUUUGCGCCGAUUCAACAACAAAGAUGGUUCUCUCGAACGACUACGAUUUGCUGAACCCGCCGGUGGAGCUUGAGAAAAGGAAGCACAAGCUUAAGCGCCUUGUGCAAUCCCCCAACUCUUUCUUCAUGGAUGUCAAGUGCCAGGGUUGCUUCAAUAUAACCACUGUGUUCAGCCACUCCCAAACAGUUGUUGUGUGCGGAAAUUGCCAGACAGUGCUGUGCCAACCGACCGGCGGCCGUGCCAGGCUCACCGAGGGCUGCUCCUUCCGGAGAAAGGGCGAUUGAGAAACCAUAUCAUCUACGCCUUUCUUCAUAGGGUUUUUUGGUUUGGUGUUUUCAUUUUCACGCUUAAUGCUCUUUUAAGACAUGCUAUGUUUCUAUAAGUAACCUUUUAAGUUAAUUCAAUCUAGAUUCGGAUUAUGUUUUAUUAUCAUUGACCAAUAUUAAAGUUUUGAUUCAUCA